AUGCUGGAGGCCUUCGGGGAUGCCACUGACAACAUGGGUGUCCCGGUUUUGGACCGCGACAAGAUCCAGGAAAUCUGGAAAACUCAGAGGCGCCACCUCCACUGCAUCCAGGACCCACCUGGCGUGCACCUGUACAUGCAGACCGGGCAGCUGGUCAAAGGGGGGAUCACGCUGCCGGUGUUCAGGUGUGCGCGAGGUUCAACUUCGUUGGAGUCGUUCCACCUGCAUCUGGACCGCUUCAUACCUGGCACUUCAGCCAGUGCGGCCCACUUUCAGGCCUACCUGCUGGAAGGCCUGACGCGGUGGAACGAAGACCGUGCGGCACAAGCAGUGGAGGGAGCAGACCGUGAUAUGGUCUGCUACAGUGGCCAACUCCAGCACUCCACCAACGAGCUGAGCGAGAUUGUCUAUCACAGGAAGCUCGUUGUUGAUUACACCCGGCCUGCGAAGUACACUGGUGAGCUUAUUGGUAUCCAGUACCUGUUUUCGCAGACCGGUCGAGUGCUGGAGGAAGUGAUGGGCAGGGAUCCCGACGCUCCGGAUGGGACUGACACGGACGACGACGACAGUGUCGAUGAGGGCUUCCAAGAGGUCGAGGGCCUGGAAGAGGAAGCUCUGGACAACACCGUCUUCGGCCUUGAGGAGGACUUCGCCCAACAACCGUUGUCGUCUGUCAGGUCCCAGUCGCAUCCUGCCAUCGGCGCCUCACAGUCUGGGCCAGCCGACCAGGAGACCUCCCCUGGAGACGAGGCCACUCAAAGCAGGUCCCACAAGCUGCAUAGCCUUGGAACUGACACUGACCCAGGUUACCAGCACGUGGUCAACCUGGCCUUGAGUCUCGUCAAGCUGCGUCACCACGCCUACGUGACGCAGCAGCAAGUGGCGGACAUCGUCACCCUCUGGGAACGAUUGCCGGAGGGCGACAAGGCCCCAGUUCGCUUUCCGCCACGCUACCAGGAAAGACUGGUGCAGGGGAGGUUCCGACGCAAGCACUCGCAAACCAUUGUCACACCGGGAGUGGAGAGCUUGCGAUGGUGUAUGGGCGGCCAAGCCACACAGAUGCCAAACAUCAGCCGCCUUGUGGAAGCCGUUUGUGUAGAGCUGUCCAGGAUUCACCCCGAAGGAACCACCAUCUGCGGCGUGAGGGUGAAUCGCUGGGCAGCUGUGAUGCGGGAUUACAUCUGCAUCCGGGAAAACAUCCUCACAAACUCGGUACUCCUGGCCCAGACUCGAAUCCAGUUAUUCCCCCUCAAUCAGCGCACACUGGCACAAUGGCACUACGCUCGCACCAGGGAGCUUCAACGGCGGGAUCUGGAGUUGGCCGUGCCCCUGCCAACCAGCUCGGCCCUUGCUACAGAGCCCACCCCUGCCGCACGCCCACGACCCACGGGCCCCGAGCAGUCCGCUGCACAACCACUCCACUUCCUGACCCACCUGACCUAUCCGUUCAGGCGACGCAGCGACGCAGGACCCUCAGUACCCCGCACCACUGCCUGGCGGCGGAAGAAAAAGCAGGAGGCGGACGAGCUGGCACGACAGCAAGGAAUCCUCCCCAAACAAAGGAAAAAGAUUGAAGAAUACAUAUGUAAGAGCUGUGGCCGGCAAAAAACUAAAGAGUUCGGCCACAGCCAGUUUGGGGGGGAAUUCUUUUGCUCCACGUCAGCCGGCAAAACCAUCGAGGAGUGGCUGGAGGAAAAGCGGAGGGAAAAGCAAAAACAAUUGAGAAUUAACUCUUUUUUGGUAUCUGUUACCAUGGCUGCCACUAGUAUACCUACCUUGAACCCUGUGCCGCAGUUCCGCCGCGAGACCUCUGGCGAACUGACCCUCAAGGCCUCCGGCGGUCCAGGUCGCCAAGGCAAACCGCCUGAGCGGCUCUGUGCCGUUCAAGGUGAAGUCGGACGAGACGGUCAGGGAGCAGGCCAGGAGGCGCGUCGCGGGCGCAGUGGUGACCCGGGGACUCCAAGCUGGUGCGCAGCGCCAGCGAGCUCCAGUUUGGACAGUAUCGGGGCCAGACCUUUAAAUGGUUGCUGA